AUGACCGACGUGCCAGGUUCGAAAAUGGUUCGCAUCCUGGUGUUUGGCACCGGAUGCAUCGGAACUGUGUACUCCCUGAUCCUCACUCGCGCCGGUGUGGAACUGUCCUGCAUCUGCCGAUCCAACUACAAUGCGGCCAAGACGAACGGCUUCACCGUCCAAUCGACCAUCUUCGGCAGUCAGACCUUCUAUCCUAAGAUCUAUUCAUCCAUACAGAGCGCCGUCAACUCUGACGAAGCGCCCUACGAUUAUAUCCUCGUCACCGCGAAGGCUUUCCCCAGAGCCGCGGGCGACGACUCCGCCCCGGCUCUUGUCGCUCCGCUCGUCGCACCCUCCACGACGAUCAUCCUCAUUCAGAACGGGGUCGGGAUCGAACGGCCGUACCGGGACCGGUUCCCACACAACCCGAUCAUCUCGUGCGUGGCCUACUUGCCCUCGACGCAAAUUGCCCCGGGGAUCGUCCACCAUACGGAGGUAGAGCGCUUACAACUGGGUACGUUCCCCGCCGCCGGGGUCCCAGAAUCCCAUCAUCAAGCAACUGAGACGCUGGCCGCGCUAUUCAAGGCGGGCGGCGCCACCGUCGAGCGCCACCCAGAUAUUCAAGUCGCGCGGUGGAAGAAGCUAAUCGGAAAUGCCUCGUGGAACCCCAUAUGCGCCCUGUCGCGGUGUCGGGACCUGCAAUUUCUGCAGGCAUCUCCGUCCGCCAGAGAGAUGAUCCGUAAGGUCAUGGAGGAGGUGGUGUCGGUAGCCACCGCGGUGGGUUAUGGAGACCAGAUCGGGCCCGCCGACAUCGCCAUGCAGAUGGACCGAAGCGCGGCCAGGACGUGGCCCGGGGUGGCACCGAGCAUGCUAGCGGAUGUUAGGGCCAAUAAACCCAUGGAGGUGGAUGCCAUUGCGGGAGAGCUCGUCUUGUUGGGACGAGAACAUGGAGUUUCGAUUCCGAUGCUGGAGUGUUUUAUAAACCCUAGAUCCGAUCUCCUCACGUUCGAUACCGCCAGCUUCACGUACAUCUACGAGGAAAACCAUACGGUGGAGCUGCAAAGUGGACCAGGACUGGUUCGUCUGAAUGUCUACCGUCCCAAGACCGAGGCCAAAUGUCCGGUGCUUAUCACCUACGGACCUUAUGGGAAGGAUAUCCCGUACAAGGAUUUCCUGCCGCAUUCAUUCCAUGACCUGAACCCCGAACACCAGUCAGUGCACUCGGCCUUCGAGGUCCCCGAUCCAGCCUACUGGACGAAAGAGGGAUACGCGAUUGUCCGAGCCGACGAGGUCGGAAUCGGUCAGUCGCCGGGCAUCUGCGACACCAUGUCCAAGUCCACCAGCGAGGCCUUCGCCGAGGUCAUCGAAUGGGCGGCGGAUCAGCUCUGGUCCACCGGAAAGGUUGGCUUGCUAGGAAUUAGCUACUUUGCGGGCACGCAGUGGCGCGUGGCAGCCCGGCGCCCCCGGGGUCUGGCGGCGAUCAUUCCCUACGAAGGCAUGGCCGAUUACUACCGGGAUCGUUGCCGGCACGGUGGGAUCCUCACCGCGCCGUUCUUGAAAUUCUGGAUGGACCGUCAGGUGAAGUCUAAUUUGUACGGACUGCCGGGCAAGGCAGCCCGGAACUGGGGCCCGGAUACCAUCGAGGGUGAUCUCAGUGAGGAAGAGCUGCAGGCCAAUCUCCGGGACCAGGCUGUCGACAACGCGCAGCACUUCUUCCGCGAUGACGAGUACUACGCCUCGCGCGACUACUGUCUGGAGGAUAUCGAGGUACCCCUGCUGUCAGUGGGCAACUGGGGCAGUAUUGUCGUCCACCUGCGCGGCAAUAUCGAAGGCUAUCUCAAUGCCGGCUCCCAGUACAAGUUCCUUCGCAUGACGGUCGGUCGUCACGACCUGCCCUUCUACUCCAAGGCGGAGGUGGAAGUGCAGAAGAGCUUCCUGAGUGCGUUCCUCAAGGACGACGACUAUGCUGGGUGGAAGGCGGGCAAGAUGCCCAAAGUGGAUCUCGUUCUCCGGCAGGGGAUGACCCAGUAUGACUCGCAUGCCGCUGCUACAGGAGAAGUCUAUUCUCGACGCGCCGAAAUCGAGUGGCCGCUGGCACGCACCGUCUACACCAAGUAUUACCUGACUCCGCAGAAGACAUUGACUCCGGAGGAGAGGCCAUCCACCCCCGAUCAUCACACCCGACUGUCCUAUCGCGCUCUGACUGUCCCGGACGAUAACGAGUACAUCCGAUUCGAAACCGCUGCGGCCAGGCAACCGCUCGAAAUCACCGGCCAUAUCGUGGCCCGCGUCCAUGUCUCCGUGACGCCGGCUCUGGGCGGCCCCGUACCUAAAGACAUUGAUAUCUUUCUAACGAUUCGACACUGGGCGGCGGAGGGCCAAGAGAUCUUCUACACCGGCCCAAUUGGCAACCCCGUCCCCGUCAGUAAGGGCUGGCAGCGCGUGAGCCUCCGCAAGAUUAAUACCGAACACCCCAAUCAUCGCGAGUAUCAUCCGCAUCGGGACUACUUCUCCACCGACGUGCAGCCCGUCCUCCCGGGAGAGAUCUACCCCGUGGAUGUGGAAAUUUGGCCCACCAACCUCGUCCUCGACCCCGGCGAGAAACUGUCACUAGAAAUCAGCGGAGGGGAUACCCAGGGGGUGGGCAUCUUCAGCCACGAGUCCCCGGAGAGAUGUCCGGAGAGAUUUGGGGGCAUGAACCAUAUUCACUUUGGCCCGGGCCAUUUGAACUAUGUCAUCUUGCCCAUUAUCCCCCAGUAG